CACGUGUCGCAAUUCGAACGACUAGAAUAGCUAGCUUAGUCUUUUCUCUCUCUCUUUCUCGAAAGUCAUCACCAUUACUCCCAACUCAAUAAUUUCCACUCUAAUCUAAAAUCUAGGGUUUCUCAAUCCAUCCCAAAACUCCCACAUCUUCCCUCCAUAGGAUGGAUGAGAACAAGCAGUCUGAGGUUCAUUUGACGUCGGCUGCAGCUUUUGUAGAAGGGGGAAUCCAAGAGGCUUGUGAUGAUGCGUGCAGCAUAUGUCUGGAAGCCUUUUCUGAGAGUGAACCUUCAACGGUGACUAGUUGCAAGCAUGAGUUCCAUCUUCAGUGCAUUCUUGAAUGGUGUCAGAGAAGUUCCCAGUGCCCCAUGUGUUGGCAAGCUAUCAGCCUGAAGGAUCCUACCAGCCAGGAAUUGCUUGAGGCUGUAGAGCGGGAGAGAAACUUUAGUUUUAAUACAUCUAGAAAUGCUACCAUAUUUCAUCAUCCAACUCUGGGAGAUUUUGAGUUACAGCAUUUGCCAGUGGGUGCAAAUGAUGCUGAACUUGAAGAGCGUAUAAUCCAGCACUUAGCUGCAGCUGCUGCAAUGGGGCGAGCACGCCACAUUUCUAGAAGGGAAGGCCACAGGAAUAGAUCAUCAGCUCAUGGCCGUCCACAGUUCUUAGUGUUCUCAGGUCAUCCUAAUUCAACUCCAGCUGGUCCUGUCUCUUCAUCUCCUAUUCAGAGAGGAGAAGGUGAACCAGCUCCUACAGCUACACCUUCAUCUCCUCCAUCUGUGGGUGAAGAUCCUUCACGAUCAAAUGUACAACUGCUUUCUGUUCAAGGUGACAAUGGUUUAGCUUCACCAUCUGGAUCAAAUGCUCUUUCUCCAAAUAAGCAGGGAAAUACCGCAAAUAAUAGGAGCUCACCUAAUCAAUCUUCCCCAAAUAGUCAAGAUAGAGCUGGACCAUCAGAGUUCCAAUCAUUUUCAGAGUCUCUUAAAUCCCGAUUUAAUGCUGUUUCAAUGAGGUAUAAGGAGUCUAUUUCAAAGAGUACAAGGGGAUGGAAAGAAAGAUUUUUUUCUCGCAACAAUACAACGGCAGAUCUUGGUUCUGAAGGUAGAAGGGAGGUUAAUACUGGAAUUGGAAUUGCUACAGUAUCACGCAUGAUGGAGCAUCUAGAAACCAGAGACAAUGUUAGAACUGACACUGCAUCUGUAACAAACGGUACAAAUAGCUUAGUUACUGAAUUGAACAAUCCAAAUAGCUCAGGUCCUGAAUCAAACAACCAGCAAAUAUCUGGAAGUCUGGUCAAUAGUCCUGUGACUGAUAAUAAGGGCCAAGCUUCAUGUGCUGCUAGUUCUGGCUCAAAUUAAAUUUAGUUCCAGCCAUUCUAUCAGCACAAGGCAUUUUAUUUUGAAAGGUAUUGGCAUACUGUAAUGUGAUGCUUUGCCUCUUUUCAUCCUGUAGAAAUUCCUUUGAGAAGAUGAUUCAGAAUAAAGCUGGAGACAGAAACCACUUUUAUUUGAACAUAGAAAACAGUUGAUGAUUGUAAAUUGAAAACUUAAUGGUUUGAGUGUUGGAUGGUAAAUUGAAUGAUAUUAUAUAAGAUGUUUUUAAUGUUUUCCA